UGUUGGGGGGGAAGCAAUUUUUUUUAAAAACAGGAGGGUUUGUGCUUCUCCAACUUUUCUCCCCUCCCUUCCCACGGCCGGCAUGUCCGCUCUGUGUGAUCCUCCGGGGGUGGGAGGGCCUACAGGGUCCACCCCCAGCCCCAAGCCAGCAGCUGGCCCUCCAUCGCUCAGUGCCCAAGAACUUGCUCAGGAAAUCAAGGCCUUCCUGAGUGGAGUGGACCCUGUACACGGCAACAAGCUCACCAUUAAAGAGCAUGCCAGAUGCGCAAUUUUACUGCUGCGCAACCUGCCCCCUGCCCGCGGCGCUGUCCUGGAUCACCUCCGCGGCGUCUUUGACGAGUACGUGUGCACCUACUUGAUGGAUCUCGAGAGCAGCGAGAACGGCAUGGGCUCCAUCCGCUCCCAGGGCCCCAACCUGGACGAUGUGGUGCAGGAAAUCCAGGCCGUGCUCUCCGACUUUGUCCGCAUGGAUCCCAAGGCCUGGGCGGCCUUGGUGUCCACCUGGUCCAUCGAUCUGAUGGGGCAGCUGAGUAGCAAAUACGCCGGGCGCCACGGGGUCCCCCACGCCAGCAGCCUCAAUGAACUCCUGCAGCUAUGGAUGUCCUGCAAGGCCACACGGACGCUGAUGGAGAUCUACACCCAGUGCCUCUCCUCCAUGAUCAACAGCUGCCCGGACGCCUGCGUGGACGCCCUCCUUGACACGUCCGUCCAGCACUCCCCUCAUUUUGACUGGGUGGUGGCCCACAUCGGCUCCUCCUUCCCCAACACCAUCAUCAACCGGGUGCUCUCCUGCGGGCUGAAGGAUUUCUGCAUGCACGGCUCGGCUUCCGCCGAUCUCCUCCUUUUCCCGAGCGCCACAGCGGCCGACAAGAGGGUGCCCAAAAUUGCCUCGGUCGUGGGCAUUUUGGGUCACCUGGCCUCUCGCCACUCGGAGAGCAUCAAGCAGGAGUUGUUGCGCAUGUUCCACGGGAGUCUGGGCCCUGCCUGGGACCAGCAGCAGAAAGCGACAGUGCCUUUCUUACUCCAGCUGGCGGUCAUGUCCCCCACUCUGCUGGGCACCAUCUCGGCCGAACUGGUGGAUUCCUUAAAACCCAGCGUCCUCAACCAACUGCACCAGCACUUUGCUUCCCUGCCUCGGGAGGACCUGGAAAACAUGGUCAGCAUCGUGGUGCAUCUCAUCUGCCAGACGUCCGGAGGCGCUUACCGGACCCUCCAGUUCCUCAUCAACACGGCCAUGCCGGCCUCUGUCAUCACCACCCCGGGCCUGGCCGUCCACGACAGCGUGCGGGAAGCCUGCGAUCGCAUCAUUCAGCUUCUCCUCCUCAACUUGCAGAAACUGGUGUACAAUCGGGGCUCGGCCAGCUUGGCGGAGGCCCCGCCCCGAGUGGUCCCAUUUCUGGAUGAGCUGAAAGGCCACGUGCGCGAGCUGUGCGUGGAGGCGCUGCAGUUGGAGAGGAAGCGGUUCUUGUGGCAGCACCAGCUGCUGGUCCUGCUGUCCGUUUACUGCACCCCCAGCUGCGCCGGUGAGGCCCUGUUCUACCUGCUGACGCUGGCCAGGAGCCAAGAGGAGCUCAGCUUAGCCACCCAGCUCUACGCCGUGCUCAGCUCUUGCAUGAGCGGUCUGCUGCCGGCGACGAUGAAGAAGUGCAUCUGUCAGAUCCAUGCUGGGGCUCUUUCUGAGCCGCACAUGGCCCAGCUGUUCCAGAACCUGGCCUUGAUCAUGCAGUGGGAGGGCGAAGGCCCGGCCUCGAUGGGCCAGCAGCUCGGCCAAGCGGUCUCCUCCCACGUGUACGACUUUGGCCAGCUUCUGCUGCACCACAAUCCCGAGGUGGCCCAAGCGGCCUCUUUGCUGCUCUCGGUCUGCCCCAUGCCAAAGGCCAUCCGGCCGGCUCAUCUCCUCUUCCUCAUCCGUUCUGCGGUCCACCAUUUCUUCCUGGUGCUGCGUUGCCAGUAUCCCACGGGGAUCAGCUACGGGAGCCGCCUCCUGGGCUGCCUCAGCAGGGCGUCCCCCAUGGCCAGCAAAGCGAUCCUACAAUACCUGGUGGAAGGCGCCCUGCACCCGGGCAACACCGAGCUCUUUGGUGGAACGGCCCAGCCACCCUCUGUCAGGAACGAUGCCAGGCUGGAAGGCGCCAGCGUCUCCCUGCUGGACAUCAACCGGCGUUUUACGGCCGCAGUGAAUUUCUCCGGCAGUGUGUGGUCUGUCUUCCACGCCGGGGUGAUUGGCAAGGGUCUGAAGCCCCCCCACGCCCCACGCCGCCACGAACCGGAGGAGAUCUCCCAGAAUGUCCAGACUUUCCUAAGCUUGCUACUGCAGUGCUGUGGGGCUGGGCGCUGCGGCCCGGAGCCCUCCCGGCGCAGUGCCGUCGGCCCCGAGGCCGCUAAGACGGUGGCCGUCGUCCUGGUGGAUACCGUCUGCCCGGACGUCACCAACAGCGAGCUGGCUUGGCCCCCGGAGGAGCACACUCGCAACACGGUGGAGCGGGACCUCCAGAUCGAGCGCUCCUUCCGGGACAACCCUCUGCUCUUCCAGCUGCUGAGCCUGGUGGCCUCGGGGCGGCCGGCGUUGUGUUACUGCUCAGUGCUCCUCCGCGGCCUCAUGGCCACCCUCAUGGCCCACUGGGAGGCUUCGCGGGAGAACGACACCACCAGCUCGCCCUGGCACUUGCAGGCCUCCUGCGCCCUCGUGGCCUGCAUGGGGGAAGGGCACCUGCUCCCACCUCUCCUCAGCAACAUGCACGAGAUCUUUGACCAGCUGGCCCCCUUCGAGGUGCAUCUCUUGCUGCUGAGCGUCUGGGACUACAUGCGGGACAACAGCCCCUUGCCGCAGAAGUUCUCGUUCGACGCCGACACGGGCCUCUUCUUCCGAGACUUUUCCAGAGACGUUGACGUUGGCAAAUACCUUUACGUCUUACACAGCGUCCUGCAUAAGAACAUUGAUCGCCUGGGGCUGCUUUCUGGGCGGUUCCACACCUAACCCUCCUGCUUCUCAUCCCACUCAACCAGGGCCAGGCCUGCUAGGACCCUCUUAGAGGCAGGAUGAUUCUUCUUUUGGAAAAAACCCCUCAAUUUAAAAAGAAGAAAAUAAAAAGAUGUAGACUGAUAGAGAGCCAUGGAGUGGUAUGUGUGGUUGCGUAGCAGCAGCAGGAGAAGUCCCUAAGAAAGGGGGAGGUUGCAGGUGAUAUCUCUGCUUUUUUUCUUAAGAAAAACUAAAAAUAAGUCCAGUGGAUGUCUGUAGUUCAACUCGUGGAAGACCCCAAGCGGAAAGUCUUGCAAACUCAGGAGUGAAAUGUAGGCAGAUGGGUUUGUGGCCUGGUUUUGUGGAGAAAUCCCAACCUGUUGAAAAUAGGGGAUGAGUUUGGAUGGAAAUGUGUCAAAUCCUUUUGUUAAUGCCAGACGUGAACAUAAUUAAAUAAAAUAUCUUCCAUGCCAUUGUGCAUUGUGUGAGGAGGGAUCCCUGUUAGCUGAUACAGUUGCAUCAGGCAGCACUACGUGAGGAAUGGUUUGUAGAUCAAAUGUUGAACAUGAGCCAACUGUGUUAUGUGGCUGGAAAAAAGGCAAGUGCCAUUUUAGGCUGCGUUAACCAAAAUAUAGUCUCCAGAUCAUGUGAGGUACUGCUGAGAAUCAGCCAGGGGCUCCAAAGGCUGUCUUGGAACACGUUCCUUGAUGCUAGCUCGAGAGAAAAUAAUUUUAUUUCUUUAUAUGUCUUUAGAAACUGGCUGUGUUGGUGAAGCCACAGAAGGAGG